UGAAGAAUUAUCGAAAAACAACCUAUCGACGACUGUUCACCUCUAAUGCUCAAAACUUUAACAGCUCCGCGGGUAUAAUUAACAAAAUAUACGCUAUCUGAUAAUAUUUUGUUUAAUUAAUUCGGUGAAAGCCUGUUGUUGCAGUCGAACCAAAAUCGGUCGCAGUUGGUGCUGCUUGGAGCACCUAAGUCGAGGGCGCUUCUUCUCCACUUGGUUAAUCACGAAAAACAAUACAAUAUAAUAAAAAUAAAUGAAAAAUUCUGUGUAAACAGCAGUGAUAAAGCGUGAAAUGUGUCAUUUGCCGUCCGGAGAGGCUGCUGAAAAACGUUUUUAGUCAAGGCCAUGGAGCAUUGACUUGUGCGGUUCUGAAAAUCCCGGAGCUAUGUUGGAGCCAACUCUGACGCCCGAACUGGAGGAGGGCAUCGCCGGUCUGAGUGUUGAGGAUGUCGACGUGGACUCUGUGCCAGAGCGCAAGCCGCAUUUUCUCGACUACGAUGCAGUGCCGCCCCCGGACUUCGAGGAUGGGUUCGGUACCAGUUCUGGAGAGCAACUCAAGAUGGACAAGAAGUUCGAACGCGACGGUGAGAUCAGCGACUACGAACUGGCAGCCAGUGGGUAUACAAAGAAGGAGUUUACCCAAGAUGACAACACGCUGCACUUCACUCAGAGCAGCACUGCAGCGGCAUCUGGAGCCGUGGUAAAGAAGCCGGCGGUGAAGCACUUCCUCGACGAGAACCCGAUUCCCCCGGACUACAUGUUGGCGCAGGAAUUGCGCGAAAUGCGAGAGCACCGAAGCCUGGACAGAAACUUUGAACGGCAGUCAGCGCAGCAGCAGCAGCUGGAGGAGCUGCCCCCGCGAAACGGUGGUGGAUCCCCGGCCAGUGCGGGUCGGCCCUCUCGUAGCAAGGAACCAUCCUACACACUCUCGCGAUUUUUGGACGGCGACCAUCCGCCUGUUGUGCCCCGGUUACCAAAGGGCGCCGCCUGGACCACGAGCUUUGAUGAACGGUACACCGCUUCGGCAGUGGACGCGACUCUGGGCUCCAAAGUCGAGUGCGUCUACUCGCUGCUCUCCAUGCUGGGCUCCAACGAUCCCCUUGAAAUGGCAAAAAAGUUCUUGGAACUAUCCGGAAACGCUCAAAGCUGUGCCACUCUACGCCGCUCCGGUUGCAUGCCGCUACUGGUCCAGAUGAUGCAUGCUCCGGAUAACGAGCCGGAAGUGAGAAAGUAUGCCAGCCAGGCGUUGCACAAUGUAGUGCACAGCCAUCCGGACGAAAAGGCAGGCAGACGGGAGGCCAAGGUGCUGCGACUGCUUGACCAAAUACAGGAUUACUGCUCCUUCCUGAAGACGCUGCUCCAAAGCGGCGGAGAGGCAAUAGCCGAUGACUCGGAUCGUCACCCUCUGGCGGCGAUAUCUUCGCUGAUGAAGGUCAGUUUCGACGAGGAGCACCGGCAUGCCAUGUGCGAGCUUGGUGCUCUGCACGCAAUCCCAAAUCUGGUUCACCUGGAUCACGCAGUGCACGGCCCCAAGCCAGAGGAACAAUGCUGCAACUCACUUCGACGGUAUGCCCUAAUGGCCCUAACCAAUCUUACCUUCGGAGACGAAAACAACAAGGCACUGCUGUGCGGCCAGAAGCAGUUCAUGGAGGCCCUGGUGGCUCAGCUGGACUCUGCUCCUGACGAUCUCCUCCAGGUGACGGCUAGUGUGCUGCGCAACCUGUCCUGGCGGGCAGACAGCAAUAUGAAGGCGGUGUUGAACGAGAUUGGAACUGUGACAGCACUGGCGCUGGCUGCCAUGCGGAAUAAGAGUGAGAACACUCUGAAGGCCAUUCUUUCGGCCCUCUGGAACCUUUCGGCGCACUGCAGCACCAAUAAGGCGGAAUUCUGUGCCGUGGAUGGGGCUCUGGCCUUUCUGGUUGGGAUGCUCAGCUACGAGGGUCCGAGCAAAACCUUGAAAAUCAUCGAAAACGCUGGCGGCAUCUUGCGCAAUGUAUCGAGUCACAUUGCGGUGUGCGAACCAUAUCGACAAAUCCUGCGCCAGCACAACUGCCUGGCCAUUCUUCUGCAACAACUUAAGUCGGAGAGUCUGACGGUGGUGAGCAAUUCCUGUGGCACCCUGUGGAACCUCUCAGCUCGUUCCCCCGAGGAUCAGAAAUUCCUUUGGGACAAUGGAGCCGUGCCAAUGUUGCGUUCCUUAAUUCACUCCAAGCACGCCAUGAUCUCGGAGGGCAGUUCCUCGGCACUGAAGAACCUGCUAAACUUCCGCCCGGCUGUGCAGAACCAGCAUCAGCUUGAUCCCAUUGCUCGAUCAAUGGGACUUAAGGUGUUGCCCACUUUGGAGGCGCGAAAGGCAAAGGCACUUCAACAGGAACUGGGCGAGCGGCAAACGUCAGAGACCUGCGACAUCCUAGACAACCAACCGGGGGGAAAGAUAUCCAAGGAGCGCGCAUCUAGUUCCUCCAGAAGACAUCCGGCAGUUCCCCGACUAACUCGGUCAACGAUGCUAACCAAAAGCGAGAGCAGAGACUCGGUUUACUCCGCCAAGUCGGACUCUGCCUACGAGCAUCUGAUGCGGUCUGCGUCAGCUUCCGAUGCCCACAGGAAGAAACCGCCAAAGAUCACCGAUUUUGAACUGGAAAUGGAGCCAGAUGGAGAGGCCACCGAGGAGCAGCCUAUCGAUUACUCGGCCAAGUACAGUGAGAGUGCUACCAAGAGCGCAACAUAUCAGGAGACGGACCUCGAUCAACCCACUGACUUCAGCCUGCGCUACGCGGAGAACCAAAUAGAGUCUGACAUAGACAUAUCAGCUACGGCAGCUGACCAGAAGAGCACAACGACGCCUUCAAUUCCAACUGGAGAGGUUAAAGCUGAGGGCCAGGAGAUUCUUCUCAUCUUGGAAGACAGUGUCAAGUGCUAUCAGACGGAGGAUACUCCGUAUGUCAUCUCCAAUGCGGCGUCUGUAACGGAUCUCCGGUUGUCAGCUAAAGCUGAGGCAGAGGCAGAGACGAAACCGGAGGUAGUGGCCAAGGAGGCUACUACUAAGAAGCAGACCAAGUUGCCGCAGUGCGGAUCUGGAUCUUACACACCUGAAAAGCCAAUCAAUUACUGCGAAGAGGGUACUCCUGGUUACUUCAGUCGCUACGAUUCUCUAAGUAGUUUGGAUGAGUUGGGAAAGGCCAAUCAAGCAUCAGCAGCCACGGAGGCAGCAGAACCGGAAUUGAAACCCAAAGAACUUGAGGAGUCUCAGCCCACUGAACAGGUAAUGGCCAAAGCUCCCACUCAGGCGAAUUCAGCUUUGGAGACGCCUCUGAUGUUCUCGCGACGGAGCUCCAUGGAUUCCCUAGUUCACGAUCCGGACGUAGAUGUGGCCAAUUGCGACGACAAGAGCUCGGUGGUUAGCGAUUUCAGUCGCCUAGCCAGUGGAGUUAUUUCCCCAUCGGAGAUUCCAGAUUCCCCGACACAAAGCAUGCCGCAAUCGCCCCGAAGGAACAGUGUAGCUGGUUCGGGGUCUGGGGUAAAUGUGGACGCAGCCUCCGCUUCCGUCCCAGCUAACCACCGGCCCCUGCGCAGUGUCUUUGAAGAUGACUUGAGUAGUUUCAACGUCGAGCAUACCCCUGCACAAUUUUCCACGGCCACCAGUUUGAGCAACUUGAGCAUAGUGGACGAUGAGAAAGCCCCGGCCAGUGUGGCCGAGGAAGAAAACGAAGAUGAACUCCUUUUGGCCAACUGCAUCAACAUGGGAAUGCAACGCAAGCCAGCUGAGACUGUGAAGCCCGUAGAAGGGGGAGUGGCCGAGGAGACCGUCAGAAGCUAUUGUACGGAGGACACGCCGGCUCUGCUCUCCAAGGUGGCCAGCAACACCAAUCUGUCGGCCAUAUCGAUGAGCUCCAACGAACCGAAGGAUGUCUCGGCAGGACAUGCCCAGAUCUAUGCUCAUCAGCUUUCCGACGACGUGUCGUCCAACACUUCAGACUGCGGUGGAGCAACUGGUCAAAUUCUGGAACAGUGCAUCCGUGACGGUAUGAAGAAAUCAAAUACGGAGCCCGUACAAGAUCCCAUUGCCAUGCUCCGGCGGGGAGGAACCAAUUUGUCCACAUACUUACCCUCGACCGAUGAGACGAACAAAUUCCUGGUGGAGGAUAGCCCCUGCAACUUCUCUGUGGUGUCUGGGCUGUCCAACUUGACGGUGGGCUCUAGCCUGGUAGGACCAGCUGUCCAGCUAAAGGAAGCAAUUAAAGAUCCGAAAGCCAAUCCUCAGCAGCCGGCAAAACAAGAGAAAGUUCGACGACCAGCGCAUUGGCAAGAUGAUUCACUGAGUUCCCUAUCCAUUGACUCGGAGGAUGACACCAAUUUGCUGAGUCAGGCUAUUGCCGCUGGCUGCAAUAGGCCCAAAUCGAAUCUUGGCUUCAGCUCAAAUGGCAAGCGCUCCAGUUCACUGAGCUCCUCGCAGCCAAUAGCUAUCAAUGCGGCCUCGGCCAGCUCUCUGAAUUCCGGGAUGACGGUGCGCAAACACCAACAGCAGGAGUCCUACAGUUCGGUGGAUUCCAGCGACUCCAACGACAACCAGUCUAAGUCGCUCUUCGAGCUUUGCAUUCUGAAGGGGAUGUACAAGUCCAAGGAGCCGGGCAUCAGGUCCCAGCAGCAAACUAUUGUGGGAGCAUCUUCCACUCAGUCGAAUCCCAAUCUCAAGCAGUUCGAUUCGCUGCCAGUACAGUUACCAUCCGGCGGACACAUAAAGCGGCAGCGCCACCAUCGGGAACAUCGAGAGCAUCAUCAUCACAGGGAUCACAGGGAGCGGGAGCGCAAAGAUGAGAAGCUUCUGCAGGAGUGCAUCAGCACGGGCAUAUCGAAGAAGAUCAGUGCCGUGCCAAAAAACGUCCAGGCUACGUCUGCAGCUGCAUUGGAACCGUGUCACCCAAUGGCAGCUACUACAUCAGCAAGUGCCCCCAGCACAGCAGCUCCAGACGUAGAGCACCAGUACCCGCACCCGCACCCGCACCAGAGCAGCCUCCCGAAUCCUAUCGCCGCCAUCGCCACAGACACCGUCACGGUAAAAAGUCCUCCAGCUCCAGGUCAAGGGAAAGGGAACGAGAGCGGGAACGGGAACGGGAGCGAUCGCGAGACCGGUAUUGGGUCUAGGGAGCUGGACUCAGAGGAUCGCUCCAGUGACGAGUCAAACCAAUCAUUUAUCAUGGACACAAUGGUAAGGUUGGACCAGGUUGCAAUCAACGAUACUUUCAAGGCCUCUGGAGCCAGUGAGAAGCAAAAGGACCCCGAUUUAAUGCUCAAGUCCGUGGAGAGGUUAACCCUGGAGUUUGUCACGUCGGCGGAGCAGCUUCGUAGCAGCAGCAACAACAGUCACAGUAAUAGCCAAAAGAUAUCCAGCAGCAACAACACCUGGAACGAGAACACGUGCCCCAACGACGUGAGCUUUCCCAGCGUAAGCCAAAAUGCUCCGGAUUUAGCAUCAUUAAGCUUGGACGAGGACUUAAAUAAAGCAAAAUCCUUCCGCGAAUUCCCGGAUAUCACGCCCACGAAUGAAUAUCAGCCGGAUUCUAUAGAUGGAGAAACACAUACCAUGGUUAAUGCACACGGAGACAGUCACUCCAGUUCGUCGGGUGGUCUGAACUUCCAGUUGGGCGGACAGGUGCAAAAUGCCGGCGUUAGAUUGGAGCCCCAGAGACUCUUGUUCAAUGGAACUAGUGCCUCUAUGAUGAGCAACUCCACGAUUAUUGCUUUUGAGGCCCGAGCUUUGGCCGAGAAUCUUCUCCAGCCCUCUGAUGAUGACAACACAGAGCUGACUUUCAGCAUCAAUAGUUUGGAUCUCGAUAACGUACGACCCCCGUCUGGAAUGGAGUCCCUAAAUAGCUGCUACCAGGAGCACUCUCAACCAAGUUCUUUACGCCAGCAACUGCCUAGCAAGAGUCCCCGUUUCGCCAGGAAGGGUUUUCCUGCCAACUUGGUAGCCAGGCGGGCCCUGGGCCACCUUGCGGGCAGUGCAGAAAGCGUGAACUCCAGCUGCAAUCUGCUGGACAAUAUUAAACCGCCAUCCCUUAUGGAUGAGCUUCUGGAUUCCAUGAUCAGCGUUGAUAGCAUCCAAUCGGAGGUGGUCGAUGGCGAACAAGACUGCAGCAUGGCCACGACCAUUUCGGUUUCAAACUACGAGACUGCUCCCUGUGAUGACCAGACGCUUACAAUCCUUCAGAGCUGCUACGACGAGGACGAGGAUGCAACCAUGAACGACUACAGCUCGGCUGAGUCCACGCCCAAGCAAGGAUCCACACCGUCUCCCAAUCGGCGGUCCUUGACUCCGAAACAAAAGCGUCGCCUUGCCAAGGAUCGCUACAAAACCUACACAAUAGCCACCACAACCGAGCUGGAGGCCCUGGAAGUGAACGAAACAUUGCAGAUUGAGAUUGUUGAGGCGCCCGCACCGGUGGAUACGCCGUCGCCUCGAGCAAAUGGACGGAGGAGGGGCAGUGCCGAAAGGUACAAGACUCAGUUGAUUGAGUGUCCAAAGGCCUUGCUCCAGACUCAACCAGAUGACUGUCCCAGCGAACAGCUCUCUUCGAUACGAGCUAUGAUGCAACAGUUUACUUUUAUCACGGACAUUAACAUUUCUCAGGCUGAUUCUGCUGAGCCAGCCGGGGAAGUUGAAAUAGAGGAUUCGCCAGAGUGCGAUCAGAACUCGGAGACGGAGUCCUGCGACGGCCAAGAGCCGGCUCAGCUUCCUCCUCCCCCGCCAAUAGUAGAAAUGAAAUCCCCGAUUGCCAAACCAAUAGAAUUGGAGCCCUCUACGGCCGUAAAGGUGGUACGAGGUCGUAAGAAACCUGCCUACGUAUCACCGUACAGUAUGCAGAGUCAGCGGAGUGCCAAUGCCAAUGCAGCUGCCACGCCCAAAAAGAAACAACUAUCGCCCACAAUUGCCAAGCGCAGUGUGGUGCCCACUGUUGCUGGAGUAAAGUUGCCCCCCAAAAAGAAACCAACGCCGCCACCAGAAGCGGCUCCGGCUCCGGCGCGUUUGGAGCGUCAGGGUACUUUCGUGAAGGAUGAACCUACAAACACGAACGUCCAGGUGCCCGUAGUCGAGACCAAAACCAGUCCCAGCCAUCGGGUUUCUAAGCUACCUACAAAGAAGGCCGGCACCGGAGCUGAUUCGCCAUCAAAGGGGGGUUCUCCGAAGAGAAUUGCUUCAGCUCCAGCUCGCCGCGUAACCCCCCAGAGAGCCAAUACAAGUCUGCGACUGGCGGGCACAAAAUCCUCAGCUGCUACACGGGCUGUGACCACAAGAGUGUCGACCACCACGCCUCCUUCCCGCAGCAAUUCGAACCUGAACGGCAGCAGUGCUGCUGCAGCGGCGGCGGCCAAGAUCAACCAGGCCCAGAGUCGGAUCGCCAGCAUUUGGAAACGCGUGGACGAGGCUAAGAAGCAAACGAAGCAAUCGCCGUCUAACCUUAGAACGCAACAAACGAAAUCUUCCAACACGCUCAACGGAAAUGGAACGAAACCGACACUUUUGCGCAGCUCCACAUUUGAUAAUUCCCCAGCGGUGGCGGCACCGGCGGCCGGUAUCGUCCGGUCCAAGCUGCCAGUGGUGGGGUGCCGAAAGUGAAUGGGUUUUUGGGAAUGGAAGCACUGAUACCGGAUUUGUAUUUGAGAUGCAUUUUUCUGAAACGGAACACGCACAGAUCCACAUCCACAAGCUGAGAGAAAGUCAGAGUGAAAAUCAAAGAGUUUUUAGGAUAGAAGGCAAUAUACAUAUAUUUAAUCACUAUACUACUCCUUCUACUUUAUAUAUACAUACGUGUAGUCCCUAGAGUUAGCGCCAAAUCCUAGUAAUUUGAACUAAUCCAAUUCACAGUCAGUGAAGGGGCGAACGCCCCAGAUCGUGUGUAGCCAAAUGUAUUGCAUAUAUAUAGUACACUAGAUCAGGCCUUUCAACGUGUGUACAACUCUCUCAUAUAUACAAAGUGUAUACAGGCAUAUAUAUAAUUGCUAUAUAUCCGAUUUGACACAUAGUCAGGACUCCGUAUCCGUAUAGAAGGUUUACCAAAUGCAAUGUGUAUUUUUUUUUAUUUAAGUAUGGAAGAGUAGCUACUUAACAUAUUUACGAUUGAAGUAAUUGAACAUAUAUUUUCUGUAUCAUUAAUAAUUUUUAAAACUAGUACGCCUAUGGCUUCCUUAAUGCGAAAACCAAAUAUGUGUGUAUGUGAAGCGAAGAAAAUCACAUUUUUUAGUCACUGCUUUUUAAGUAUUCUUUUACAUAAUUAUUUGUAUACCUAAGAAAAACGGUUUAAGAGAGCAGCUUUGUAUUAAGUCUUUAAUUUGCGUCUUCAUUUUUUACGAUUAGAGGCGAUUUACAAUUUUUAAUAUCAAUAAACUGAAUUAUGCUUUUCGGCAGAUCAUUUAAAA